UUUUCCCUGUGCUCAGCGUGUCCCUGUCCACAGGUUCGUGGAAAAGCAACUUUAUGCCAGCCUAGCUGUGACCUCAAGGUGACUAGAGCAGGCUCACAUUCCGCAGCAACCUCAGUCAGGCUUCACCAAGCAGGACAUUGGAUGAAAUUAAAUGGCUACCUUUUCCUACCUGACCAUACUUUUCCUGGUAUCCUCCACCUUGGCACAUACUGUUUUUUCAGAAAUCUUCAAGUCACACCAUAUGGCUAACUGGCCUAAGCCGCCAUGCAAAAUGUACUACUCGCCAGAUCCUUUUAGUGAUCCAAAAUGUCCGAAUAUAACAGCGUAUGUUUGCGCUACAAGUGGCCAGACUUACCAGAAUGAGUGUUUCUUUUGUGUUGAUCAGUGGAAAUUUGAUUUUCAUAUUAAAUUUGAUAAAUAUGGAAAAUGUGACUAACAAGUAAUGGAGCAGUACACUUGCUUAUUCGUCUCACUAGUUAAUUAUGAAAAUUAUUUCUUUUGGAUUCAGAGGGCAUGUCUUAGACAACGUAUCUAUGCUACAGCCAGAUUUGAAACAACGUGAAAACAAAGGAAUCAAACUACUGGAGAACCAACUGACACGUUUAUUACUAAUAAGAGAAUAAUGAAACAGGUGGUAGAUGUUUAUCUCUGUGUACCAACUUCAGCUCAGGUGAUGAUCUCACAGUGAGUGAGUUCAAGCCCCGACUCGGGCUUUGUGCUUUCAGCUCAGAGCCUAGAGCCUGCUUCGGAUUCUGUGUCUCCCCUUCUCUCUGCUCCUCCCCUGCUCAUAACCUGUCUCAGUUUUUCAAUAAUACAUACAUGUUAAAAAAAAAAUUUAAAAAUAAAUACAUAAAAUGAGCUUUCA